AUGAGUUCACCUUGGCCAUUUGUAGCUUGGGGUAAGGAUGUCAUCGGUCCGAUAGAGCCAUCUGCUUCAAAUGGACACAGAUUUAUUUUGGUUGCUAUUGAUUAUUUCAUCAAAUGGGUGGAAGCAGCUUCUUACAAGUCGGUUUGGGAUUACGCACCGAAACUCAACCGCUUAUCGUCCCCAUAUGAUGGAGCUGUAGAGUCUGCCAAUAAGAAUAUCAAGAAGAUUCUGAGAAAGAUGAUUGACAAUCACCGAGAGGCAGUCAUACCUGUUGAAAUUGAGAUACCGUCGUUGAGAAUCAUACAAGAAGCUGAGUUGAGUAACGCUGAAUGGGUCAGAAAGAGAAUCGAUCAGUUAACUUUGAUUGACGAAAAUAGGAUGGUUGUUGUUUGUCAUGGUCAGUUGUAUCGACAAAGAAUGAUUCGUGCUUUUCACAAGAGAGUAAGAGCCAGAAUUUUCGAAGUUGGUCAGUUGGUCCUCAAACGCAUUUUUCCUCAUCAAGACGAAUACAAGGGAAAAUUCGCGCCAAAUUGGCAAGGACCCUACAUGGUUCGCAAGGUAUUAUCCGGAGGUGCUUUGGUCCUGUCGGAGAUGGAUGGCACCGCAUGGGCGAAAUGA